AUGUACUCCAAAUUCUGGCCAAAGGGCGGUCUUCCCGGUAUCCUGCAUCAUUAUACCGAAACCCUCGUCACAUUCGAAUACACAACCUCCACAGUCAGAAAACCACACAGUCUCCUCUUCGUCGGCGGUCUAGGCGAUGGCCUCGCAACAACAUCCUACAUGGCGGACCUCGCGCACGCCCUCCAACCAACAGAAUGGUCCCUCUUCACCCUGAACCUCACAUCGUCAUACCAAUCAUGGGGCCUCGGCCAUCUGGACCGCGACACGAACGAAAUCGCCCAAUGCUUAAACUACAUUAAAGAAUAUAAGACCGAGAAAUUCGGCAACGGAAAGAUCGUCCUCAUGGGCCAUUCGACGGGUAGCCAGUGCGUUGUGCACUACCUCUCCCGGCCUAACCCGCACACCACUACUCCCUCAUUCGACCCGACGCUGGAGCAUAUUAAGCGCAUGGUCCUUGACGGCGCAAUCAUGCAGGCCCCUGUCUCGGAUCGGGAGGCGAUCAAGUGGGUGCUUAAAUGGGGUAUUGGGGGCAAGUCGCCCAGCGAAGUCCGGGAAAUUUACGAUAAGGUUGUGGCUCUGGCCAGAGAAGGUGUCGCCAAAGAUAAGGAUAGCGGGUUUGACACCUUGCUGCCGAUUAACUUGACCGGGACUAUGGGGUAUCCGCCCAAUACACCCAUCAGCUGUCGGAGACUUUUGAGUCUUGUUAGUCCCGAUAGUCCCGAUUCUCCUGGGGAGGAUGAUAUGUUUAGUUCGGAUUUGAGUGAGGAGCAGCUUGCGAAGACCUUUGGGAAGAUCAAACAGGGAGGUUUGCUGAAGCAUAAGCUUAUGGUUUUGUUUUCGGGGGCGGAUCAGUCUGUUCCCGAUUGGGUUGAUAAGGAGCAGUUGUUGGAGAAGUGGAGGAAGGUGACGGAUCGCGAUGGGGAAGCCCCCAUCUGGGAUCAGGAGCAUAGUGCUGUUAUUCCGAAUGCUUCCCAUGCUUUGAGUAAUGAUGAUCAGGCAGAGCCGAGGAAGUUCCUGGUUGAGAAGGUUAUGGGGUACUUGCGUGGUGCUGAGAAGGCAUGA